AAUAUGCUCUUAUGCCUUCAUAAAUAUACAAUGCCACUACAAGUUGAGCUAAAACUUAUGUGUAUGAAUGUGUAUCUUUGUAUUUUUCCUUUAUAUGGGGUGAAUUUUCUCUUAUAUGCCUGCUGCUUGGGUCUAGUAGUAAGUUAAAAAUUUUAAUUCCAUAUCAUAGAAGACCAUUUUACGAGUCUAUGUAAGUAUACCAACAUGUAUUUAGAUGGAUGAUGCCGAGGAUAAGAAGUGGCCUGAAGCAGUUGAGAGACAUUUUAUUGACAUCUUGUUAGAAGAGGAUGCUAAAGGGAAUAUGCCCCAAGGCCAGUUCAAGUCUGGAACUUGGACAGCAGUUGUCAAUGAGUUUAACAAGCGUGCGUCUAAAAGUUACACCAAGGCACAACUUACACAAAAAUAUCAACGACUGAAACAGAGACACAGCACUUUCUCCCAGCUCAUCGCACGUACAGGAAUGGGAUGGGACCCCAUUUCAAAUACGGUGACGGCCAGUGACGAUGCUUGGGCUGCUGCAUUUGCGGAUCGUACUACCUCGUUGACUCGGGGUACGCUAUAGGCAAUGCAUUCCUCCCCUCACACAAGUCCACAUGCUACCAUGCCCAAGAGUUUCGGGGUACGAACCGGCAGCCUAGUACCCCACAAGAGUUGUUCAAUUAUAGGCAUUCCUCAUUACGCAUGGUGAUUGAACGAUGCUUUGGCGUCUUGAAGGCGAGGUUCCCUGUUUUGACGGGAAUGCACUCCUUCUCUAUCUCUAGACAACGGCUGAUUGUGACUGCUUGUUGUGCAUUGCACAACUUUAUUUGCAUGUAUAAUCGGGCAGAUGAACUGUUUCAUGUGUGGGAAGGAUCAUUUGUGCGUAACGGAGACGCAAACAUAGCAGGAGCUGCACGCGUAGGCAGUGGGGGCACUGAAGAAGCUUUUAAUUCUCGGGCACAACGAGCAAUGUCGGAGUAUCGUGAUGUGAUAACUGCUGCUAUGUGGGCAGAUUACAUUGUUCAAUGAUUGAGCUAGAUGGGCAUUAUUUUAUUAAAAUGUGGAUGACAUGGAACUUUGUAUAAGUCUAGAUGAAGAUUACUGUGUUUUGUUGUUGUUAUAGAUUUGUAUAACGGGGUAGUGAGCCUCUUUAAUUUGGACUGCAACGGCUCUUACUGUUGUUUUUGGUGAACUUAAUGGCUGCCCAUGAAGCUGGAUUGUCAACAUAUAUU